AUGUCUCCAGAUGAAGUGUGGGCGUGUCUCCAGGUGGAGUGUGGGCGUGUCCCCAGGAGAAUGUGGGUGGACCCUGAGGUGUGCUGCUCCGCCCUCUUGCCGGUUCCGGUGCCGGGUCCGGUGCCGGGUCCGGUGCCGGGUCCGGUGCUGGGUCCGGUGCCGGGUCCGGUGCCGGUUCUGCUGCCGCCGCCAGUGUGGGAGGAGCCUCUGUGGGAGGAGCCAGUGUGGGAGGAGCCAGUGUGGGAGGAGCCAGUGUGGGAGGAGCCUCUGUGGGAGGAGCCUCUGUGGGAGGAGCCAGUGUGGGAGGAGCCAGUGUGGGAGGAGCCUCUGUGGGAGGAGCCAGUGUGGGAGGAGCCAGUGUGGGAGGAGCCAGUGUGGGAGGAGCCUCUGUGGGAGGAGCCUCUGUGGGAGGAGCCAGUGUGGGAGGAGCCAGUGUGGGAGGAGCCUCUGUGGGAGGAGCCUCUGUGGGAGGAGCCAGUAUGA